UGGUCGGCGAAGCGGAAGAUUAAAAUAGAUUAGAUUAGUAGAUUAGUGCCAUGCUGGCACUGAUCUACAGGGCAUCGGAGGGUGAAACACUCAGCGAAGUGCAGCGGGUCGGCGAGUUCAACCAGCACCCUGUUUUCGUGGCUCUGGACUUCGAGCGACUGAUCAAGUUCAAGGAGCAUCUGCAGAGUGCUAGGCUACUUACUCGCCCCAGAGUAUUCUACAACCGGAAACUGGGUCCAGUUAAUUUCCGCUACAAUGAGUUCUCCAAAUUCUAUUUUGACAUCGACACAAAGCCUGUAGACAUGGAUAGCGGCAGGGAUAUGUCAAGCUGGUUACCCUUCUGGAUAAAGAGAUCCGACAUUAGUUCCCAGAUGCAGACGAUACUCGUGAAUUCCGUGGAUUUUAAGGGUGUCUGGAAGCACAGUUUCGACAAGAUCAACACGCGGAAAUCCGAAUUCCACCUCGGCAGCGGUGAAACUAUCAAUGUUGCAAUGAUGCACAACCACGAAGUCUAUGGUCUGGCUGAUCUGCCCGAACUGGACGCCACCGCCUUGGAACUGCCCUUCAAGAAUAGCGCCACCAGCAUGCUGAUCCUGCUGCCCAAUCAGCUCGACGGACUGGCUAACCUCGAGCAGCAGUUGGCCCAGCCGGAGUUCGAUCUCAACCGGAUCGCCAACCGCCUGCACCGCCAGUCGGUCACGGUGGGCCUGCCCUGGUUCAGGCUCGACUUCUUUUGUGACUUGAGCGAUCCUCUGAAGAAGCUGGGCCUCAGCCAGGUGUUCACGACCAGCUCGAAGGUGACCAAAUUGCUCGAACAGACGGUGCGCGUGGACAAGAUCCUGCAUAGGGCCUACAUUAAUGUGCCGGAGUUGGGAACAGUAUACUCGAACUUUUCGGGUCCAGUUUAUGACCAGUCAAUGCCUGCCAAUUCCAAGGAGUUCGUCGCUAAUCGGCCAUUCGUCUUUGCCAUCCGCACUCCCAACUCAGUGCUGUUGAUGGGUCAUGUCAAGAUCCCUUGGAUACUGUAAAGAAAAGAAGAUAUACUUGUGACGAUCGCAAUUUCGCGCUUAAAUUAAUAACUUUUGAUUUUGACGUUUUUAAACAUGUGUUACAUAUCAAAAGUUGACGAAUCUCAGGGGCUAUAAAGC